GUGUGAAGCCUCUUUAACGCCGUGCGGUGCUCUUUUUUUUAUUAUUAUUCCAUCAAGAAGAGAAGUGGGCAUCAAGUGGAUCUGGAGUUGACAACAGAUGAGUCUCGGCAGGCAGAAGCAGAGCGACCCGUAUAUGAAGUCUUCAACACAACGAUCAGGAUGAUUUCCUGUCUCGAUUAUGGAUUUAAUUCGCUGUCAUAAUUUUGACUUACUUGCAUGCACAAAUCUGCUCUUAUCAUUGUUUGUGAUUGUCGGUGCCUCUCCUGACAGGCUGCCUCCACCAGUGGACCAGUGCUCUCCAAACCCGUGCCAAAACAGGGCGAUAUGCAGAAUCCGCCGUGGCGGCUACUCGUGUUUCUGUGUGCCGGGUUUUCAGGGCGCUCACUGUCAGAUUGACGUGAAUGAGUGUGUUUCACAGCCCUGCCAGAAUGGAGCCACAUGCGUGGACAGAGUGGGCCGGUUCUCCUGCCUGUGUUCUCGUGGGUUCACCGGGGCCACUUGUGAGAUCCAGACUGAUGAGUGUCAAUCACAGCCAUGUCUCAAUGGCGGCAGUUGCCAUGAGUACGCCCGCAGCUUCUCGUGCACCUGCCUGCCCGGUUUCCAAGGACACCGAUGCGAAAUCAACACUGACGAGUGCCAAGAGCAGCCGUGCCAGAACGGGGCUCUGUGUGUAGACGGGGAGAACGACUACAGCUGCGAUUGCUCUCACACAUCCUUCACUGGCAGACUGUGUGAGACGCCACUAGCGCCGUGCCUCUCUGAUCCCUGCUUCAACAGCGUCAUCUGUGAGGACAACCAGGGUAACUACAGCUGUGAAUGCUGGCCAGGGUUCGAGGGGCGCCAGUGUGAUAUUGACAUCAACGAGUGCGGCAGCAACCCCUGCCUGAACGGAGGCCGCUGCAUCGAGAGGUCGUGGCAGGCCCUGUAUGGCAGCGAGCCUCUGCUUCCUGAGACCUAUGACCAGCGGCACGCUGCAGGCUACAUCUGCAGCUGUCCUCCAGGAACCGCUGGUUUCCUCUGCCAGGAGGUGAUAAACCAGUGUGAUUCCAUUCCCUGUCAGAAUGGGGGCAGGUGUGAGAGCCAAGUUGAAGGCUACAUAUGCCACUGCCUCAAACAGAGUCACGAUGGCGUCCUUUACGGAGGUGUAAACUGCAACGUGAGGUUAGUGGGCUGCGAGGGACAUGAAUGCCAGAACCAAGGCGCCUGCUCUCCUUUCUUGUUGGACGGGACUCAGGGAUACACCUGUUCCUGCUCACCUGGACACACUGGGCCCCUGUGUCAGACCCCCACUACGUUCUCGUUCGAACGGAGGGGCUAUCUGCUGCUGCAGAGUCCCCUGGUGGAUACUGCAGAGUCCUGCACCAUCACCCUCAGCUUCAAGACUACUCUGCCCAGAGCGUUGUUGUUCCGGCGGAACAGCAGUGGGCUGCUGCUGGGCCUGGAGCUGGACGAGGGGCAGCUUCGUCUCUCACUGGGGAAGGAGCAGGCUACCGACGGGGCCGAGGCCGACAGCAGCAACCAGGUUCUGGAGAUUCCGCACAAUGUCACAGACGGAGAGUGGCACACUGUGAGGGCCGCGCUCGGAAGCGGGAUGCUCAGUCUGACACUCUUAGAUGACGCGGGGAGCUGUGGGAGCCAGUCGUGCCACAAGGUGGCCCCGGUCCAAAGCCCUCUGGCAAGACUGGUGACACCACCUCAGAACACUUUCAUCGGCGGAGUGCUUAAGGACUCAAACGGCCCCAGUGAGGACUCUCCACUUCCAGCAUUCAUUGGCUGCAUGCGGGACGUGUUUGUGGACUGGCAGCUAGUCGUCCCUGAGGAUUGGCUGAGCGACUCUGCAGUUAAUGUGUCCCCCGGCUGCAGCCACAGGGACCGCUGCCUGGACGUGCCUUGCCAAAACAGAGGACAGUGUGUCAACCUGUGGCAAAGCUACCAGUGUCGAUGCCCGAGGCCUUAUGAGGGGCAGGACUGUGAAGAGGAACACGUGGCCGCGCGGUUUGGCAACGAGGACUCGCACGGCUACGCGGCGUUCACCGUCAUCGAUGAUCUGGAUGAAGACUUCUCCAUCUCCCUCUUCCUGCGCACGCGGAGGCCCCGCGGACUCCUCCUGGCGCUGGCCAACAGCAGCAGCCAGUACCUGCACGUGUGGCUGGAGGGCGGCAAGGUCACAGUUCGGCUGAACAACUUUGAGAGCCUGAAGACAGACAGUGUGAUCGAUGACGGGGAGGUGCACUUUGUGAGCGUAGACGUGCUCGAGGGUCGCAUGUCUCUCCACGUAGCAGCUCAGAAACAGGCUGACGUGGAAGUGCAGACAGUCAACGUCCGAGCAGGAGACACUGUGUACGUGGGAGGCCUGUUGGAGAGUUGGACCACUUCAGUGUUCGGUGGAUAUUUUAAAGGCUGUAUCCAGGACCUGAGGGUCAAUGACAGGCGGCUGCAGUUCUUCGGGUUGGACGCCUCGGUGAGAUCUUAUCCUCUGGAGCGCAUGGAAAAUCUGACUACUGGCUGUUCGGGGGACAACGCCUGUGGAACCAACCCUUGUCUAAACGGUGGGAUGUGUUACUCCACGUGGGACGACUUCACCUGCACCUGCCCUCCAAGCACAGCAGGGCGGCGCUGUGAAGAGGUCAGGUGGUGUGAGCUGUCACCUUGCCCCACAGACUCCGAGUGCAGGAUGCUGAACCAGGGAUAUGAAUGCUACUCCAAUGCAACCUUCCUGAAUGACAGCACCGUGUUGGCCUACCGGGGAAACGGUCACAUAUCCCGCGACCUUACUGAUCUCUCCCUAAAGCUACGCACACGGAAGCGCAACGCAGCUAUUCUCCACGCUGAGAAGAGCUCGGCAUUCGUUACACUCUCCGUCCAGGCUGGUUUCCUCUUCAUGGAGCUUCAGGGUCCCAGCGGAGACGGGGAUGAGGGGGAGCAGGGUGUGUCUACGGUCAGUCUCAGCAGCAGGACCAGCGUCAGUGAUGGCGAGUGGCACAGCGUCCACCUCUUCAUGGCAGAGCCGUGGGCACAACACUCCCGCUGGACUUUGAUCCUGGACGAAGAAGUAGACGAAACCAGCACUUCCAGGAGCCACGGAGGCAACCUCAACUUCCUCAGGCAGGGGGUGGACAUCUUCUUAGGGGGCCUGGCCCCCAGCAAUGGCUGGUCCCUGGCCGGGUGCCUGGACACAGUCGAAUUAAGUGGCAUCGCCCUGCCCUACCUCGGCUCCUCGGACGUGAACCUACCGCGCCUGCAGGACGAGCAGUUCACCCGGACAUCCCAGCAACCGCCAAUCCUCGGGUGCAGCGGGGCCCCCGUGUGCGAGCCCAACCCCUGCCUGAACGGGGGGGAGUGCCAGGACUUCUUCAACACCUACAACUGCAGCUGCGCCGCGGGCUGGGCCGGGCGACGCUGCAGCUUCUUCACCGACACCUGCGCCUCCGGUCCCUGCGUCCACGGCAACUGCAGCGUGAAGGGGCCGACCUACGAGUGCACCUGUGAGCUCGGCUACGCAGGAGACGACUGCGACGAGGAGGUGGACGUAUGCGAGAAGCACCUGUGUGCCCACGGAGGCACCUGUCUGCACGGGCCGGACAGGUACGCCUGCCUCUGCCCUGAGAACUACACCGGACCCCUUUGCAAUGAGCGCAUUGAAGCAAUUCCGUGGUACAUUGUCGUCAAAAAUAAACGGCCUAAGCUGCCUGUUUCUGUGUGCGGCGAUGACACCAGAAACUACACCUGCUUCAAUGGAGGAAACUGCACUGACAGAGACCUGUUCUGCGACUGCCCACCCGGGUUCAUUGGACAUCGGUGUGAGCAGGAGGUGGACGAGUGCAAGUCCAACCCCUGUCUGAACGGAGGCUACUGCCGCAACCUCAUCAACAGGUUUGCAUGCGUGUGCGACUUGAGCUUCGCUGGAGACACGUGCCAGACGGACCUGACCUCUGAGGGUUUGACCUCUGACCUCUUACUGUUCAUCAGUCUGGCGUCUUGCAUCCUGCUGCUGGUGCUCAUUCUUGCCUCCGUCGGCCUCGCGGUGGCACUAAAUCGCCGCGCCACCCACGGCACCUACAGUCCCAGCCGGCAGGAGAAGGAGGGGUCCCGGGUGGAGAUGUGGAGCAUCACCCAGCCGCCGCCUAUGGAGAGACUCAUAUGAGGGGCCGGGUUGUCAUUUUGUUUUGCUGCUAAUGACGAGCGGAUGCUAGGAAUGUAGCCUGCGUUCAUUUCACAGUAAUGCCUAAUUACUGCCGUCUUUCUUCAGGGGCUGGAAGACUUUGUGACAUUGUGUUUCCCAGCGCUUCUUCCACCUUCAUGUGAUGUUUUGCACCUGGCGUCGCCACCCAGCAGUGCGAUUCUCUUCAAAAAAAAAAAGAGCAGAAUGAGCCGGAAUGUUCGUCAUUGAAAAGAUAAGGCUGGUUUUAUCCUUUUUUUUAACUUAUUGUCAUGGAAUGACCAAAAGUGUAAUCUAUAAGGAAGAACAUCUUUUAAAACUGAAGAGAAAAAGAGGCUCAGUAAAUCCCUUAGAUUGUAGAGCAACGGAGUUUUUAGCAAACAACGAGUAACCUGUUCAUUUAUCGGGGACUUUUUUUUAGCCAUGGAACGUUUGCUGCUCAAGUGAGUACUUUCUGCAGGAGGACAGUGUUUGUGUGACUGGCUCAACUGAACUACAGCAGCCUGAAUCAGAUGGUGAAGGAAAACCUGCAGUAGUGUUUUUAAGAACGUUGUGGAGUUCUGUGGUGAGAAACCAAAUGUGUUUGUAAAAUCAACUCAGUAUUUGUUUUGGGCUUUUCAUGGGAUAAGUUCACUAUGAGAAAAAUAUUAAAUACCCGACGAGAGUUUUAUUCAUGAACUUCCAUCCUUGUGCAUUUACUACCGGAAAGCUCAUAAAUAAAUAAAUAAAUAAACUCAGAGUCCGGUUUCAGGAUAAGUUGCAGUACCUGAGUGUUGUGUCUUCUAGGCUGACUUGUAUGUUGUUAGAAACAAGAACCGUCUUGACUGCAGCGUGAUAUGAAGUGUAUAUUCCAUGGUUUGUAUGUGCCAUGUUUAAAACUGUGGAUCAUUCAUUCAUUUCUACAUGUAAUUGAUUGAAACUGUACAAAUGACCAUAGGUCAUCUAGAAAUGUGGUACUGUUUGAGUAUUAGCACUUUUUCUUGACUGUAUGCCAAAUCAACAAGCAAUGCACUGAUAUCACUUGUCUCUCAGACAAUAACAAUAGACUCUGAAUACACCGAUAAAGCCCCUGAAAAAGCUUGGUUUCUUUCCACAUACAGGUUCUAUCCAUGUUAAUGCAACAACAUUUUGGUAUGAAAAAGUGAGAUGGAGCAUUAAACACUAUCAUUUAUUUUCAGUUCACAGUGCUUACAUUGUGUGCAGUUCAACCAAGUUACUCAUCAAUAGCACAUUAGAUUGAUCUCAGUUAUUUAAGACAGUAGUUUGCUCUGCAA